AGACAAGGAAAAAAACAAACGGGAUACGGUUGAUGAAAGUGAAAACCCCAGAAAAUUUUGACUAGGUUUGCAACACUUCUGCCUAGGGUUUGAUUGAAUAACGUUGAAUGAUAUUUUUUUACACGGAAAAAAAGGCUUGCUGGUCAAGGCAAAUACUCACCAGUCACCAAAGAGCAUAUAAAUAUGCUUUUAAACAAAGAGAGGCUAGCCUUUAACAAAGUUUGGAGUAAGUUGAAACUCCAAAAUCCCUGAGAGUAUUUCAUUUCGAACUUUUAUCAACAGCCACAAUAUAAUAAAUCCUAUAGAUUCUGAAGUUGUUGAGUAUCAAAGUAAUUGCUUGGGAGCCACUCAAUGGCCUCUGAGAAUGGUUUUAAUGGUGAGAAAGAUACCGACUUGCAUGAAGCCGGCACAUCGAAAAGCCAGGAAGAGUCACAGAAAGUCCCUGGCGAUAAUGGAGAAAAUCAAGAUCCUGAAAGCAGCAAAGGAGAUGAGAAAACUAACACGGUUCCAUUUUACAAGCUGUUUGCAUUUGCUGAUUCUACGGAUAUCUUAUUAAUGAUCGUCGGCACAACCGCUGCAACUGGGAAUGGUCUAUCUAUGCCCCUUAUGACAAUCCUGUUUGGGAAUCUCAUUGAUUCUUUUGGAACAAACAAGAGUAAUGGCAACGUGGUUGAAGCUGUCUCCAAGGUUUCUGUGAGAUUUGUCUACCUGGCGAUGGGGGCUGCGGCGGCUGCGUUUCUCCAGGUGAGUUGCUGGAUGAUCACAGGUGAGAGACAAGCUGCACGAAUACGGGGCCUGUACUUGAAAACCAUAUUGAGGCAAGACGUUGCCUUCUUUGAUGUGGAAACAAACACAGGGGAAGUUAUUGGAAGAAUGUCUGGGGACACAGUUCUCAUACAGGACGCCAUGGGCGAAAAGGUAGGGAAGUUUUCACAAUUGAUAUCCACGUUCAUUGGAGGCUUUGUUAUAGCAUUUGUCAAAGGAUGGCUUCUUACUCUCGUAAUGUUAUCUGCUAUCCCUCUACUUAUAAUAUCUGGUGGAACCAUAGCCGUUAUAGUAUCCAAGAUGGCAUCCCGGGGACAAAAUGCUUAUGCUAAAGCUGCCACUGUAGUUGAACAGACAAUUGGUUCGAUCCGGACUGUUGCGUCGUUUACUGGUGAGAAGCAAGCAAUAAACAAUUACAAUAAGUCACUUGUUACUGCUUAUAGAUCAGGCGUUCAUGAAGGCACUGCUGCUGGAGUAGGUGUUGGCUUAGUUAUGCUAGUUAUAUUCUGCAGUUAUGCUUUGGCUGUCUGGUUUGGUGGGAAGAUGAUUUUGGAGAAAGGGUACACUGGUGGUCAAGUACUUAAUGUGAUCAUGGCUGUAUUGACAGGUUCCAUGUCUCUGGGGCAAGCAUCUCCAUGCAUGACUGCGUUUGCGGCUGGUCAAGCUGCAGCAUUUAAGAUGUUUGAGACCAUCAAAAGGAAGCCAGAGAUUGAUUCCUAUGACACGAGUGGAAAAGUGUUGGAGGAUAUUCGUGGGGAUGUAGAACUGAGGGAUGUUUAUUUCAGUUACCCUGCCAGACCAGAGGAGCAAGUUUUCAGUGGAUUCUCUCUUUCUAUUCCAAGUAGCACAACAGUAGCUUUGGUUGGACAAAGUGGAAGUGGGAAAUCAACUGCAAUCAGUCUGAUCGAGAGAUUUUAUGAUCCACAAGCCGGUGAGGUUCUUAUCGAUGGCAUUAAUCUCAAGGAGUUCCAGCUUAGAUGGAUAAGGGGAAAGAUUGGUCUUGUUAGCCAGGAACCAGUGUUGUUUACGUCAAGCAUAAGGGAUAAUAUCGCAUAUGGUAAAGAAGAUGCAACCACAGAAGAGAUAAGAGCAGCAGCUGAGCUUGCAAAUGCUGCUAACUUCAUUGAUAAACUACCUCAGGGACUAGAUACCAUGGUUGGAGAGCAUGGAACUCAGCUUUCUGGUGGACAAAAGCAGAGAGUGGCAAUUGCAAGAGCAAUCUUGAAAGACCCACGGAUUUUGCUUUUAGACGAAGCUACAAGUGCACUCGACGCAGAAUCUGAAAGAGUUGUUCAAGAGGCAUUGGACAGGAUAAUGGGCAAUAGGACUACUGUCAUUGUUGCUCAUCGUUUAAGUACUGUGAGGAAUGCAGAUUCGAUUGCUGUAAUUCAUAAAGGAAAGAUGGUUGAAAAAGGGUCGCAUUCAGAACUGCUCAAGGAUCCUGAGGGAGCUUACUCUCAGCUCAUUCGUUUACAAGAAGUAAAUAAAGGGUUGGAACAGCUUGCAGAUGUAUCAGAUGUUAAUCCGGAAUUGUUUAGACAAUCGAGCCUAAGAAGGUCAUUCAAGCGAUCAAUCAGCAGGGGAUCAUCUAGAACUAGCAGCCGCAAUUCUUCUUUCUCUCAACCUUUUGGUUUACCUACUGAAAUGAAUGUCACUGAUCCUGCAAUGUUAGAUACAGAAGACCCUGCUGAACCACCAUUGAAACAGGCUAAGGAGGUUUCUAUCCUCCGGCUUGCUUACCUCAACAAGCCAGAGAUUCCUGUGAUCUUAAUUGGAACUCUUUUUGCAGCUGCCAAUGGUGUGAUACUUCCACUUUUCGGUAUCCUGAUUUCCAAUAUGAUCAAAACAUUUUAUCAACCUCCUGAUGAAUUGAAAAAGGAUUCAAGAUUCUGGGCACUGAUAUUUUUGUCCCUUGGCCUGGCAUCAUUUCUGAUAAAUCCAGCUCGAACAUACUUCUUUUCUAUCGCCGGAUGUAAAUUAAUCCAACGAAUCAGAUCAACAUGUUUCGAGAAAGUGGUCCGCAUGGAAGUUGCUUGGUUCGAUGAACCUGAUAAUUCAAGUGGUUCAAUAGGUGCAAGGCUCUCGGCAGACGCAGCCUCGAUACGUGCCCUGGUUGGAGAUGCACUAGCUCAGUUGGUCUCAAGCUUUGCAUCAGCAUCGGCUGGUUUGGUUAUUGCUUUUGCUGCAAGUUGGCAGAUGGCAUUUAUUAUCCUAGUACUAAUCCCUCUCAUAGGGGUCAAUGGAUACAUUCAAGCAAAAUUCAUGAAGGGAUUCAGUGCAGAUGCAAAGAUGAUGUAUGAGGAGGCCAGCCAAGUUGCCAGUGAUGCAGUUGGGAGUAUAAGAACAGUUGCUUCCUUUUGUGCAGAGGAAAAGGUAAUGCAACUCUACAAAAAGAAAUGUGAGGGUCCAAUGAAAACCGGGAUAAGGCAGGGUUUGAUUAGCGGAUCAGGAUUCGGACUUGCAUUCUUCUUUCUGUUUUCUGUUUAUGCAACAAGUUUCUAUGCAGGAGCUCAACUUGUUGAGCACGGCCAGGCUACAUUCACAGAUGUUUUUCAAGUUUUCUUAGCUUUAACCAUGGCAGCUGUUGGAAUUUCUCAAUCAAGUUCCUUUGCUCCUGAUUCCAACAAAGCCAAGAUCGCGGCUGCUUCCAUAUUUGCAAUUAUUGAUCGCCAGUCUAAAAUAGACCCAAGUGAUGAGUCUGGGAUGACACUAGAAAAUGUGAAGGGAAAUAUGGAGCUUCGUGAUGUUAGUUUUAAGUAUCCAUCAAGGCCAGAUAUUCAAAUCUUCCAAGCCUUAAGCUUGUCUAUUUAUGCCGGAAAGACAGUUGCCCUGGUUGGAGAAAGUGGGAGUGGUAAAUCUACUGUAAUCUCAUUAUUGCAGAGGUUUUAUGAUCCUGAUUCAGGAACUAUCACUCUUGAUGGAGUCAAAAUACAAACGCUCCAAUUGAAAUGGCUGAGGCAACAAAUGGGGCUUGUCAGCCAAGAACCUGUUUUGUUCAAUGAUACAAUCCGUGCCAACAUUGCAUAUGGAAAGGGAGGAAAUGCAACUGAAGCAGAAAUUAUAGCAGCAUCAGAGUUGGCCAAUGCUCAUAAGUUCAUCAGUGCAUUACAACAGGGUUACGAUACCGUGGUGGGAGAGCGAGGACUUCAAUUGUCAGGUGGACAAAAGCAACGCGUAGCCAUAGCACGAGCCAUCGUUAAAAGUCCAAAGAUACUGCUAUUAGAUGAGGCUACAAGUGCACUGGAUGCAGAAUCAGAGAGAGUGGUUCAGGAUGCACUAGAUAAAGUGAUGGUGAACCGCACGACGGUUGUAGUUGCUCAUAGGCUAUCCACAAUCAAGAAUGCAGAUGUUAUAGCUGUGGUUAAAAAUGGGGUUAUUGUAGAGAAAGGAAAGCAUGACACUUUGAUAAACAUCAAAGAUGGUUUCUAUGCUUCCUUAGUUGCACUUCACAUGACUGCUUCCACUUCGCAGUAGGUCUUACAAGUGUUGAGAGUCGAAUAUUAUACUUAAUGUCACCGAUGAUUGCAUUAAGUGAUUGAAUUAAAUUUUACCUCUGCCUCUUAGAAUUUGCAAAA